AUGAAUGCUGAGAUUGCUGAUCCUACUCUCCUUGUUCGUUCGCCGGCAACCAUAUCUGACAAACCCGAUAUGACUGAGAUCGAGAAAUUCAAUAAGUCGAAAUUGAAGAAGACAGAAACGCAAGAGAAAAAUCCUCUGCCUUCAAAAGAAACGAUUGAACAGGAGAAGCAAGCUGGCGAAUCGUAAUGAGGCGAGCGCCGCCAAUAUGCACUGUACAUUCCACAAGCAUUGCCUUCUUAUUUUACUUCUUUUAGCUGUUUAACUUUGUAAGAUGCAAAGAGGUUGGAUCAA